AUGUCGUCCUUAGUCAAUGUAGUUCCUCAAAAGGUUGUCCUAGCUGAGACCGCUGUAAAAGGCAGAGCAAGUAUCCCGAUUGAUGCUGUUGUCGUGGAAGGCAAUUGUGAGGUCGACGCCAAGAUCCUAACAGGUGAAUCUUUUCCCGUGGCUAAGCAGAAGGACUCGACUACCACGGGUAUGUCAGAAGACUGCGUGAUCGCUCGAAUUGCAAAGAUUGUCGAUGAGGCUCAAAAUAAUAAAUCGAGAACGCCAAGCUAUGAAAUGAAGUACAUAAAACUCAUUAAGACUAAUCCAACGAUUCAGAGGAACAUUACUGCUUACAAAGCUGUUGUGGUUAUUCUGAAACUGGUUGGAUUUUGUGAGGGUAUUGUCACCGAUGAAAUGGGUAAGGUCGAAGCCUAUUUGAUGUUAAAGAGAAACGAUCCUGACUUGUUGUGGCUUGCGAAGGCUUCCUUGGAGAUAUGCAUAUCUUAG